CCGUAAUGUCAGUAGGCUGACAUUAAAGAUUCGGCACAGACUCGGCUCUAAAUUCAAUAUAAAAGCGAACGCCCCGUAAAGCAAACGAAUUUUUUAGAGCAUCCAGAAUAAAAGAAACAUAAUACCUAAAAAUGGCAGUAAGGGUUAGGUCUGGCUCUGCAAACGGCACCGUCAUCACCAUGACCCUCGAUGACUUCCGAAGGGUCGUUCCUCCAGAGAGGGUGGAAAGGCUGGAGUUGAAGAAACAGGACGAACUGAGGCUCCGGAACGAGAGGGAGGUGGUCCAAGAGAGACUCAAUCGCCUGCUGCAACGGAUCAGUCAACUGGACAAGUCUGUGGACGAGGACGACAUGACCGAUGCGGAGUUCCGCAACCUGGAGGACCUCAGGAUCACGGAGAAUCUGCGACACCAGCAACUGGCGGAGCGACUUGUCCGUGUGGGCGCACAAUUGUCCAGGAACAAGAGAGAGCUCAAGCGCAUGGUAGGGGCCGUCUACAAGGACUUCUUAGCCAAUGGCAUGGGAAGAACAACAAAUUCGGUCCCGGAUCAAUCUAGAAAUCAAAAUUCUCAGUCCUGAAGCCCAACAUUUUCGGUUUACAUGUCAGGUGGUUAUAGGGUUGGACGUGACAACAGCUGGAUAACUAUUUAAAGUGCUAUAGGGAUGAAGGGAAUUUAUUUUUGAUAAAUUUUAUAUGUAUUUACUAUUGUAAUGGGUUAAUCAAAACAAUUCUAUUUUGGAGAAAGGAGCGUUACACGAGCAAGCCAACACAUACAAUUACACAUACAUCAAAUCUAUAGAUUAAAUAUACACAUUAUUAAAUGGAA